GCUCUCCGGUAGACAUCACAUCGUGACAAUAUGAGAGCCGACCUCAGUUUAUUGAUCCAAUUAUUCUAUAUAUGUACACAGUUUUAUCAAGUGCAGUCGUUAAACAUACUGGGAGUGUUUCCAUAUCAAGGCAAAAGUCAUUUUUUUGUAUUUCAACCUUAUCUUGAGGAGUUGGCAUUAAGAGGACACAAUGUGACAGUUAUAUCAUGCUUUCCAAGAGAAAAGUCGAUGAAGAAUUAUCAUGACAUUAGUCUGGCAGACAAGGUACAAAUCUUAGAAGAUGCGUUGCCGUUGAAACGGUCGUACUACACAAUUUUUCAAAUAAGCGUAUUUCUUCUAUCGACCGGUACGUCAAAUUGCAAGACAUUGCUAUCCGAUGAAAAUGUUCGAAAUCUUGUUAAGUCGAAAGCUAAAUUCGAUCUUGUAUUAAUCGAACAAUUUAACAGUGACUGUGGACUUGGACUAGCUUAUAAAUUAGGUGCUCCUGUAGUAGGACUCUCAUCCCACCAAUUGAUGCCAUGGUAUUACAAUAGAUUCGGUGUUCCCUACAAUCCGUCAUUCGUAUCAUUCCUACUUCUUGAGGGAGGAACUAAGCCUACGCUUUAUCAAAGAAUUGAAAGAACGAUAUUUGAUGCAUAUUUUAAUACUGCAUAUAAAUUUUUCGGUCAAAGAGUCGACCAGAACACUCUAGCGCAAUAUUUUGAUGAUAUUCCUCCACUGGAAGAAUUGGGUCGUAAUAUGAAAUUCCUACUUCUAUACACUAACUUCCUUCUAACCGGCUCGAAUUUGUUACCUUCUAAUGUGAUCGAGGUUGGAGGAUAUCAUGUAGCAAAACCUAAACCCUUACCUGAUGAACUAAGAAAAUUCAUUGAAGAAUCCGAACACGGGGUUAUUUACAUCAGUUUUGGAUCAAUGUUGAAAGCCACUACAACACCAAAAGAUAAAAUUGAAGCGAUAACUGCCGCCUUAAGUGAACUCCCUCAAAGAAUUAUUUGGAAAUGGGAAGAGAAAACUCUUCCUGGCAAUCCUAAAAACAUAUUCUUAUCCAAGUGGUUACCUCAAAAUGAUAUUCUUGCACAUCCAAAAGUUUUGGCUUUCUAUUCUCACUGUGGCUUAUUAGGAACAACAGAAGCCAUAUACCAUGGUGUUCCAAUGGUAGCAAUGCCUAUAUUUGGUGAUCAACCAUCAAACGCAGCUGCUGUUGAAGAAAGCGGUCUAGGAGUUCAGAUACAAUUAAAUGAACUGUCAAAAGCAAAACUUUUAGAGAAAUUUAGGACUGUGUUAGACCCUAAAUUCAAUCAACGAGUCAAGAAGUUAUCAGAAGCCUGGCAUGAUCGUCCGAUUUCAGCCAUGGACAGCGCGGUAUAUUGGGCGGAAUUCGCAGCUCAACACCACAAUUUUACUUUUAGGACUCCAGCCGCAGAUGUUCCAUUAUAUCAAUAUGUAUGCUUAGACAUACUGUCUGUUUUAAUUGUUUUAUUUUUAAUAUUUAUCGGCGUUUCAAAGACUUUGCUAUCAUGGAUUUUUAGUAGCAAAUCUAGUUUACAAGAAACUAAAAAAUCAAAAAGACAAAAUGCCGCAUAUAGUUUCCUAGUAGAACACACUCGUAAGGUCAGUUCGAAUCACAAACCAGAAACGCACGGACGGACGCGCUUGUCCGUAAUUCUAAUAAUGUACUCAAACACACUACGUAUUGCAAUAUUACUGAUAAUACCAUUUAAUGUCAUUUCACUAAACAUUCUAAGUAUACUACCGUAUCAUGGAAAGAGUCAUUUUUUUGUAUUUAAAGUGUAUUUACAAGAAUUAUCAAGACGAGGCCACAAUGUAACAGUGAUAUCACACUUUCCGCAAACUGACCCGCCGAGGAAUUAUCAUGACAUAAGUUUAGCUGGGACUAUCGAAGCUAUUGAAGAUAAUUUACCGUUUCAUAGAUCAUUCCUUAGUAUACUCGAAGUUGGUUUAUAUUUAACUAACUCGGGAAAAGUGAAUUGUGAAAUAAUGCUAGCUAAUAAAGAUGUACAAAAACUUGUUAAAGAUAGACCAAAGUUUGAUGUUAUUGUUGUUGAACAAUUUAACAGUGAUUGUGCUUUGGGUAUAGCUUAUAAGCUGCAAGCGCCCGUGGUUGGUAUAAUGUCUCACAUUUUAAUGCCAUGGCAUUACAACAGAUUCGGAAUUCCGAGCAACCCAUCGUUCGUUCCCUUCCACUUUUUGGAAGGUGGAACGAAACCUACAUUGAUGCAGAAAGUUCAAAGAACCGUUUUAGAUAUUUAUUUUAAAACAAUGUUUUAUGUAUUUAGUCAGAGAAGCAAUGAGCAAACACUUGCAAAAUAUUUCGACGACGUACCUCCCUUGGAAAAUUUGGCUAGAGAAAUAAAAUUUUUACUUAUAUAUCACAAUUUUAUUUUAACUGGGUCAAGACUGUUUCCGGCUAAUGUUAUUGAAGUUGGCGGCUAUCAUGUAAAAGAAACCAAGCCCUUGACCGGAGAAUUGCUUAAAUUCAUGGAAGAUGCGGAACAUGGCGUAGUAUACAUAAGUUUUGGUUCAGUUGUCAAAAGCUCUACAAUGCCAGAAGAUAAAGUCAAAGCCGUUCUAGAAGCUAUAGCAGAACUUCCACAAAGAUUUAUAUGGAAAUGGGAAAACCAAAAUAUGCUAUUGGACAAAAAUAAGCUUUACACAUCCAACUGGUUGCCACAAGUGGAUAUAUUAGGUCAUCCCAAAACAUUGGCCUUUCUAUCACAUGCUGGGAUGGGCGGCACAACAGAAGCAAUACACUUUGGAGUGCCAAUGGUAGCGAUGCCUGUGAUUGGUGACCAGCCAGCUAAUGCUGCUGCUAUCGAAGAAAGUGGACUCGGAGUACAGCUACAAAUCAGUGACUUAACAAAAGAUAACUUAGUCGCUGCCUUCAAAAAAGUGUUAGAUCCGACAUUCCGAAAAAACGCAAAAUUAUUAUCAAAGGCAUGGCAUGACCGCCCUAUGUCUCCUUUGGAUACUGCAAUUUACUGGACAGAAUACGCUGCUCGUUAUCCUAACAUGACAUUCAGAUCAGCAGCCGCCGAUGUACCUUCUUAUCAUUACUAUAAUUUAGACGUCAUGGGCGUUUUUGCGAUCGCAUUAUUAUCAACAAUAUAUAUAUUUAAAGGUAUUGUGUACACGAUAUGUAGUAAAAACAGGAAAACGACAAACAACAACGAACAUUCUAGUAAAAAUAAAAACAAAAGAAGAUCUAAGCGCGAAUAAACUUUUAAAGUAAUAAUUUCGUCGUUUACACAUUGUAUACGAAAUUGUUGACGUAAUGACGAAGCAGAAAUAAGAUUAUGAAAUAGAGUUCGUCGUCAAUUAGCUUGCUUUGUGUGAUGAAAUAUGGACAAUCAAAAUUGUGUGACAAUAGAUAUUUAUUUUUUUUGCUUUGUAUAUUUAUUUGUUAAUAAAGUAACAAAUUUA